UACUGUGAUAUUUUAGUUGGUUUACUUUAAUAACUCUUUGAAAAGGACGAGGAAAUUCCUCAAACCUUGCUUUCGUGAUUGUACACACUGGGGUCUAUUUUCAGCGGUGAAUUAAUCCAUGUCUGAACUUGUCGGCUUGUCAGAGUUUGUUUCGAUGCUCCAUUUUUUCCAGAAGAAAAUUGUUGAAUGUCACCAGCUGUAAGUUGAAAAACACCCCAACAGAUGCUGACCUUCUGGUUUCUGGUUCUCAGGGUCAGAAAUGACCCAGUAACACAGCAACAUGUAGUGGUGAGUGUGGAGGUGAAAACCUGCUCAAUGCUGGCCAUCUGCGGGCCUGGAUAAUCCUUGUUAGUAGAUUAAACCUGCAGAGCAGAGCUCUGUCAACAUGUUGGAAGAAAGAACACACUUUCUGCUCGACUGUCCUGCCCUCGAACUCCUGCAGAAGAAGAAGGUUUGGGAUGUUUGGAGGUCUAUGUUUUUUCCUGUGAAGGAAUGAGAAGAGGCUGCACUGAGCUGCAGAGUUUUUCAUGCAAAUCUGGAUGCGUCUUUAUUGUGAGUUGGAUGUUUUAUCAUGAAUGGUGGCCAGACAUCUGGGAAGAUUUUCAUGAAAAAACUCAAGCUAAUCCUACAUUUUAAUGGAAGACAUUUUCUCUGAGAAACUGUAGAAUUAAAUUUCACUUUCUUGUGAAAGAUUUCUGGGGACGUUUUGGAUUAAGUGAGUUUCUGGAUUUAAUCUGAAGAAGCACCUGGAAGGUUGUGUUUCCAGCAUUGUUCAUUUUCAGCAUUUACUGCAUCGUUUUUCAAAGAUUGUUAGAUCGUUAUAUGUGGCAUGACAUUAUUUUUCUCAGCAAGAUCUAAAGAGUAAAGGCUUCAUUUUAAAUGCAAUUUUUUGUAAUGUGAAGAGCUCAUUAUUUUCCUCCUUCACACUACAGUAACUAAAGACCAAAUUAGUCAGCUAAUAUAGAAAAAAAUGUGUUUGUUGGGAAGAAUUAAGAAGACUAAAUUUCAUGAGCUUUUAUGAUGAAAAGCUUGAAGCCUUUGUGGACUACUAAUAAACUAAACUGCGGCCCAGAGUUCGUGCAGACAUUUUAUAAACCAGGGAUUGCUCACUGAUCUGGACAGAAUGAUUUCUUAUGUUGAAUGUCUGGGAGGUGAGGGGGCAGGUCCUGGUGUGUCUUCACACUGCUGGAAUGGGGGACCCAACGAAGAACGAGAUGAGCUUCUUCCACGCAAGAUUGCCGCCCUCCAGCCUAAAAUGGAAGGCAGCCUGAGGCGGCGCCUGCUCAGCGCCAAGAUCUACCAACAGCAGACUGCCAUGUUGAGGCUGAAUGCCAGCAGUGUAAACAGGCCAGCAUCGCCUCAACUUCAGUGUAACCCCUGGCACCUCCCACCAAGACAGCAUGUUCACCCUUCUCUUCCACCUGAGACUCAUGGGAAACUCUUCUUCUCCCCAGAAACGUGUGGGAAACCCCAAAUAAAAACCUCUCCCCUUCAGGUGCAGCGCCCUUCUUGCCCUGUCCUAACCCAUCUGCGGCGAACUAGCUCCUGUCCCCCCAACCCAGAACCUCGCCCUGGCUACGCCUUACCUGUUCACUCCCCUUUGAGUGUCACAAACCCUCCAAAGAACCUGGAGGUGCCAUUGCAGUAUCGUUACCAGCCCACCAAGAGACGCAAGACCAGAUUCUUUUUGUUCAGACGUGGCCAAGGGAGGGGCUCCAAGCAGGAAGCUCUGCCGACCACACCACUUCUGCAGAAAGCAGGGGAUGGGGACAGUAAAUGGUCUGUUCACUACAGUACCCAGAAGCCUCAGCAGGGCCUGCGGUUCAUUCCUAGGAAAAGACGAUCGGGCAGUGCUGAUGACCUGCGAGCAUGCAACGGCCUGAGUCAGCAUGGCAGCUUUAAGGCCUGUCCACCUAGUCCCAACUUUACACCGUUCUCCGGCCUCGACCAGUCAGAGGGCAGCGCUCACAGAGGGUGGCGGAACAAAGGCAGAAAGAUGAGGUCCAGAGUCUUGAACUUUUUCUCUCAGUCUUGUUUUUCAGUUUGUUUCAAGUUUCCACUUUGGAGGAGAAAGUCUUCAGCAUCUUCAGAUGAAGAUGAGAAGUUCUUCCUUACCAACCCACGACCCAUGACUCCGCUGGUCCUGAAUCCCAUCAGUCUCACGUCCGGCUGGGAUGAACUUGGAUCGCCCAGUGAAUCAAUCCCCAACAUGGAGAUGGAGCCCAUUCAGCGUCUUCCAACACCAGAAGAGAAGAUGAGGAAGCAGGCGGAGGCAGUCGCAGCUGACAUAGUUCCUAUCAAUGUAACAGGUGAGAGUUUUGAUCGACAGGCCAGUUGUCGGAGAACAAUCUCUAAUGCCGAUUCACUGAAUCGAAGACCUAAUAAACUGAGCCGUCGUAAGACCGUUUCUGCCAUAUCAGAUGAUGUCAUCCCGAAGCCUUCAGUUUCAGUGGAUCUUCCCGGUCAGUACUCCACAGUGGGUCGACCUUCUUCCUUAAUCUGCCCCUCCUCACAUCAACAAAAGAGCAGAGAGGUGGAUUUGGAGGAGAGUGAAGACAACAGAAAGGAGGAACAGUUUAUCUCAAGGAGAAUCAGAGCCCCGAAAGGAGACGGCAUGUCCAGCCUCAUGGCCUCCCUCACCUCCUCACCAAAUGUAGGCACACAGCCUGUCUCCUGUAGCUCAUCCUCCUCUGAAAUCCACAGCCUCCCCCAUAUGCCCACCAAUUCCUCUCUGAGCUCUGAGGUCAGCUUUAACAGCACCACCUAUAGGACGCUCAGUGCCUCCUCAUCAUCUUGCAGCCAGUCACAGGAUCAGCAAGGUUUCCCAAGCGACCUUCAGCCGCUGUUACCCUAUGAUCCUAAUGCCAGAGUCAUUCCUCAGUCUCCUUCCUCCUCAUCGUCUUGUUUUCCUUCUUCCCCUGUCAACUCCAGCAACUCUGACACCCCCAGUCAGUUGCAAUCAGAGUGGUCUUAUCCCAGUGAUUUAAAUGACAGUCCCUCUUGUCACCUAUCUUCCUCAUCCAUAGCUGAUUCUGUGUCUCAGUUUAGUUACCAGGCUCUGGAUGAUCAGACCAUGACCCAAGAAAAUGCCCUGAACUUCUCUGAUGGUGACUCCUGCAGUGGGGAGAGCUGGAGCUACAGACCUUUUUCUCCUAGCUCCAGCAUCCACAGCAGUAUCACUCAGGACACAAGAUGUGUCUCUGAAGAAGAAUGGAACUGUGACCUCCUUCUUGCCUCUGGUCGUUCCAACCCUUUCUGCAUUGACAACACCUCCCUUUCUUCAGAGAAGAUAUCAUCAUCUCCCUCGCUGAACCGGGAGAAAAGGAAGUCCAGCACUUCAGCAUUCUGCUCCCACACAUCACGCAGCAUCUCCCUACGCAAGUCCAAGCGCCCACCUCCACCACCCCUGCGCUCAGACUCUUUGAGGCGCCGGCCAGGUCGCAGCAAAGCCUCUCGUUCUUCAACAAGUCCACGUCCUGACCGGAGCCCUCGUGUGGAUCGCAGCACCUUGCACACACCAAUUUCAUCUUCUCAGACCUUCCCUGACCCCUGGGUGCCCCGGAGCAAUGCAAAAAGACAUCAAAGUGGUCUGAACUGUGGGACAGUCACAACUUUUUUUGAGCCUUUAAGUCCAAACUCUCAGAAGGCAACUAAUACUGACUCUGACCCUUCCGGUACCAACCUGAUGACCCCCAAACACUGCCACGUGCAUAACCCUGGAUCUCCAAGUUCAGUGGAUAAAGAUCUGGAAAUUGCUGUCAGCCAUCCACCUGACUACUCUGUUGCUGGGCUUCAGCGCCUUGCCUCUCCAUCCAGUGGAUACUCCAGUCAGUCUAACACCCCCAGUCCCGGAACUCCAGUCUCUUCACCCCACAAUCCUUCCUCCCCUCUUACAGCAAGCCCUGGUGAAUUUUCCCUCCCUCCAACUUCCCCUUUCUUUUCUUCAUGCUCUUCAACCCUACCACUUUCCCCCACAGCAUCUUCCCUGCCCAGGACUAGGUCACGUGACAAAGGGAGGCCAAAGCCACCAGUGCCACAGAGGAAGUCAUCACUUCUUUCUUCCUCAUUUUCCUCCACCUCUUCUCUUUCCUCCUACACCUCAUCAGAUUCCUUAGCCAGGCAACCGCUUCACCCCAGACUACCUCCUCCUCCUCCACUUCCACAACCUACCCCCACUGCCCAUGAGUUCUGCCCCCAGGUUCCUAAUCUUCCCCCACCUCCACCACCACCACCUCCUCCACUUCCACAGCUCACUUCCUCAUUUCCUGAGUUCUGUCUUCAUGCUCCUUGUCUUCCAUCUCCUCCACUUCCACAGUCCAGCCCUCCAGGCCCUGAGUUCUGUCUACCCUCUUCUCCUCCUCUCCAACAGUCUGCUCCUCCGGAGUUCUGCCUCCGUGCCCCUCCAGCCAUCACUUCUGAUCGUCCACCCCUUCUAGAGUCUUCCUCUUCUUCUACUUCUUCACCACUUACCUCUCCUCCCAUGCAUGAGUUUUGCCUCCAUGUUCCUCCAUCUUUUACUAAACCUCCUCGUCCUUUUCCACUUCCCAUUGGUUACCCAGCUUUGUCCCUACCCCCUCCUCCUCCUUUACCUAUCUCCUCCCGGCCUCCUCCUCCUCCCUACUCCUAUGCUGUAAGGCAGACCUCACAUCAUGCUCUGGUCUCCACAGUACCCUCCAACUUUGAUCCAUUGCCAACCUUCCUACCACCUCUGCCAUCUAUGGAAUUCUCUGAUAUGCCUGACUUACCUCCUCCACCACCUUCUCCUCCACCACCUGCUCUCCCCAAACACUCCUCCUUUUCUUCCCUACCAUCAAGUCCAGGCCUGUCUCCAAGGCCCUACUCUCUUCUGAUCACCGCUCAAGCUUUGCAGUGUGUCAAGCUUCGCUCGGUCAGGAACCAGGAAGUACUGCAAGCCAAACAUGACCCUACUAACAGCCAACUUCACACUGAAGUUAGUAAGUCGCUGACUAACAGUAACCAAAGGGAAGAGACUCAACCGGACUGUGAUGUAUUGAAUGAGGUGUUUCUUGAUAGUCUGGUUAACACUGAAACAAAGGUGUCAGCGCCAGGAGCAAAACAUGCUAUCUGUCAUGUAGUUGGCAGUGACACAAGUCCAAUAAUUGCUAACAGCAAUAUUCAAGUCAGUACUGAAGUAAAAGAGCCAGGACUCCAAUGCAAAGACCCAAUCACAGGUGAGAAUGGGAAUUCCAUUACAGAGUCAGGUGAUGCUAAUUUUCAAAGACUACAAAGCAGCUUGGCUAACCAAAAAGACCAUGGCAUUACACUUAAUAAAGAAAUGGCACAAAACACCCAAUCCAAUGGGCAACAGAAUGCAAAAUUGAACUUGUAUCGCCCUCUGGCAAGUGUUAAAGCAUCCAGUCCUGAAGGUCCAUGGGUAAAAAUCUGUCCUGAUGAGGACAACCUACAUCGCAUCAACACUAAUAUCCAGAAUCUUUCAUUGGAACUACCUUGCUCACAAGCAGACUCUGCAAAACAUAUAGAAAGAUUAAGAGAAAACAAGACCAAGUUACCAAAAAAGAUAAAUGAACAUGAUAGAGAUGAAAAGAAUAAGUCUGAACUACAGAGUCAGACUGAUGUGAAAAACAUUAAAAGGGAUUUUCAGUCAAGUUGCCCAAGGAAGCUCUGCUCCCCAGAGAAACCUGUUCCACCUAAGAAACCUGAUAUUGGCAUUGUGGGUCUCAUGACAUCUCCAAAGGCCAGAAGAGGACCAGGAGGGCCAAGUUGCCAUGGGAUAAUCACAGACUCCUCCGCUACACCUAACACUUCAGAUUCCUUCAACACACAGUUCCAUACAUAUUUACCUAACAAUAUGCCAUCACCAAAGUAUUUGACAACCACCUCCAACAAAUCAGAAAUACCCGAAUGUUCGACGAACACCAGAAACUCACCUGCCAGUUCCCCUCAACGACAGACGCCACAGAUUUUGCACAAGAAGCUGGAUCUUUCGUUGACAUCUCCCAAAACAGCAAAACCAGUUUUUGCAUCCAAAAACACUGGUGAGACAUUCAAAGGGACUACAAGGACCAUUGAGAGCCUUAAAACCCAGACCACAAUGGAAACCACAAACACCUUUGAAACCGACACAAGAGCUGGUAAUGCUUACAACAAUGCCUGCAGCACAUUGCAGAUGAUAGGUAUCUAUGCGACCCAUUGCUCUUCAGAGUCAACGGGUAUGGUGCCCUCAGGAGUCCAAAAAAUAACUUCCACCUGGAUAGAAGAAAUUCAAACUGGGGUUGCUGAGCCCUGUUUUGGUGGGAUCAUUGGGAAUAGGCAACGGAACGAGGAGAUAACCAAUCAUAGGAGGAUUAUGAAAUCCUCACUCACUGAAGAUAAGGAAGACGAUGAGCAGGACAGACUGGAAGAGAGUGGGAGGAAGAAAACAGUCAUGAUGAUGUUGACUUCAUCCAACAACAAAGGUAAAUCAAGGAAGAGGAGGAAGAGGAGGCUGGGCCGACAGCCGUUGAUAAUGUCACCAAAAAUGAAGCCCUCUCCCUCCUCCUCAUCAUCAUCAUCAUCCUCUUCUUCGUCUUCAUCAUCUUCAUCAUCAUCAGAAGAUGAACAAGAUGUGAUAAGAGAAAGGAGCGAACGGCGAAGGAAAAUCAAAGUGUGCAAUCAAGAGACAAGUGAUUCUGAAAGCUCUUACACUCUGAUUGGUCAGAGCAGGUUUUCACUUAGCAGUGUGCUGUCAGCUGAGAGCCUGCAGGGGGAGCUAUCCCUGCCGGACCUCCUGAUCAAGGAACCAGAUGAGGAGGAGGAACGAGGAAAGGAAGAAACCCAGCAGAAAGGUGAUGGGGCCAAGGAUGCUGACAGAUCUUCUGAUGAUGAUGUGUUCGUCAACGUUUCAGCAGAUCAGAUGUCGAUCUCUGGUCACCCUCGAACCACAGAGGAUCUAUUCGCCAUCAUCCACAGAUCGAAGCGAAAGAUGCUUGGAAGAAGAGACUUAGGAGAAGAGCAGCACUGGGUCGCCACUUCCUCACUUUCAUCGUCCUCCUCUUCUUCCUCUCCGGAGACUCCCACUCAUCCUCCAUCCUGCUUGACCCAAGCUGCAGGGUUCAGGAAUCACAGGUCAGCCAGAAGUGACAGUUUUAAGGCUCUCCUGCUGAAGAAGGGCAGUCGCUUUGAAUCAUCUUCUAGAAUCUCAGCGGUAGAGCGUCUUUGUGUCGGUCAGCUUCCACCUUCUGUUACUGACCACCAGAAGAUGCCUCCUCCUCCUCUGACUCCUGCCCAGUUAAAAGCUGUAAAUCCCUCCCCUACAACAGGAAAUCCCAGUGGUCUUCUGACUGUGACUGUCCCUCCUUUAUCUCCCUGCACGCUCCCCAUGAUGUUUGGUUGGAGACACCGGAAUCUGAUGCGCAGUCAGCUCCUUCUCACCUCCAACUCUUCGUCACCCUUCCUGGUCUUUUCCUCCUCCCACAUGCGAUCUCGGUCCCUCACUCCUCCCUGCUCCAGCAGCCGACGGUUUGCCAGCCGCUGCCGCCUCUUUGCCUCGCCCAUGACUGCCAUCUUCGAAGGGGAAGAUGAGGAGGAAGAUUUUGUUGAGUCGCUGGGGCAUGGCGGAGAAUCCAAUCUGAGCAUGGUUGAGGCUUCUUAAAGGACACGUUGACAGAAAAACUGUCUCUGAAUGUUAUAAAAGCAGCUCUGAAUGCACUGAAACAGGCCUCAGACGUCUGUGCGUUCAGUCUUUAUGGGUCUCCUCAUGAUUGUGGACUGGAUUUCUCCAGAACCCAAGCUCAUUGUGCGCUUUUAUUCCUUUACUGUCAUUUAGGUUGUUGACUGUUUUGCACUUUACUGUUAAUGUUUUGUAACCAGAUUCUGGAGAUUGUUCUAACUUUAACAAAAACUGAUUUGUGUCCCUCUCAUAAAGUGUUUGUUUUGUUGAAAAGAUGUUAGAAAUACAAUUAUAAUGAAUAUAACUGAUACCAGUAAAGCAGUGACUAACUGCAUAUAACAAGCUUGCAUGAUUGUUAAGGGUGCUAGUUGUAAAAGCUUUGAAGCACACAUUCUCCUCUUCAUUUGUCCGUUCCAGUAUAGAUUUCCAGUCUGCUGCCUCGUCCACAGGGUCGGGAACAAACUAAACCCCAUCAAAAUGUUUGCCUCCAUCAGGAAUACACUGAAAGCAAUACAGUACAUGUUUUUAACAAACCCGGCCAAAAGAAAAUGCUAAAAAGUUCGUCUUUCACAAUACUGGGAUACAGGUGAAAGUAGUGAGAAAAGCCAGUCCUCUAUGGAGCAGCACAGCUCAGUCAUAGUCUCCAGUAGAAACUCUGAUCUAAGCUUAA